CGACAGGAGCUCCGCCGGAGAUAGGAGGCGCAGCUAUAUAUAGCCAACAACACUGGCAGCGGACCGGGUUCUGCGCGUCCCUCCUUACCGAUAGAAGCCACAGCGGUUUUUUCCCUCUUUACUUGGGAGACUGGGGCACUUCUCACAAUGCUGGAGAGCGGGGGAAAGGUGCUGAAAGAGGGUCUGCUGGAGAAACGGAGCGACGGCUUGCUGCAGCUGUGGAAGAAGAAACACUGCGUCCUCACGGAAGAGGGGCUCCUGCUGCACCCCCCGAAACAGCUCGACAACCAGCAGCCGACCGGCGAGCCCGGGGGUAAAAUCAAAGAACUGCACUUCUCCAGCAUGAAAACCGUGGACUGCGUUGAGAGGAAGGGCAAGUACGUCUACUUCACGGUGGUCAUGUCAGAGGGCAAGGAGAUUGAUUUCAGGUGUCCGCAGGACGAGGUCUGGAACGCCGAGAUAACUUUGCAGAUGGUGCAGUACAAGAACAGACAGGCUAUCCUGGCGGUUAAGUCAACGAGACAGAAGCAGCAACUGCUUGUGGUGCAGCUUCCAGGGCACAAAACCGCCAGGAACUCGCAAAAUGCAGCUUGAGCCGAACCCAGGAUGCGCCACAUCACCGGUUAAUGGGACACUCUACGGAAGGAUCAGUGCGCGGCACGGUUUGUGGUCGCCCUCGCUGAGCUAACAAAAGAGGCGUCAUGUCUCAGCAAAUGCAUCGAUAGUUUAUUCUCAAGAACGGCAACCGCAUCUCCACGAAGUCCUUAUUUCCUCGUAGACUUUGUUAUGAACAAAAAAACGGAUCGGGGAGUUUGAAGCAUGGAAGGAAAUUGUUGUAUUAUAACUUGUUACCGUGUGGUAUUUCAUUUAUUUAUUAGUUUUAUACAUUUUCUCUUGCGUCUGACUGUAUGAAUGUGAGAUUGUUCUUGGAUAUAUACAAACAAAAAAACUGUGGUUUAAGGUACAGAAAGACUCGAUGUUCACGCAAUUUUUCAACGGACAUUUUUGUAACAGCCAAUGUGCAUAUACUGUUAAUAUACAUAGCACAAACCUGUCAGUUCAGGAAUGAUUUUUCAGUGGAUCUACGGCAAAUGUUUUUGACUUUGUCUAUAAUGCGUGGCUUGUUAACGCACAUU